CUCUCUCUCUCUCUCUCUCUCUCUCUCUCUCUAUAACGCAAACCAGGUGAAGAGCUCACUACACCGCGCACUAUACAGCCUUCGGACAAAAACAGAAUCUGAUCCGUGUUUUCUGCUGGAGGAAUAAUCUUUACAGUCGUACAUGGAGAUUUUCUUGAUGACUUUUUACUCCAGGCAGUAACUUUUCCGCCCGUGUGUUUUUGGAGCGCAGUUUUGGAGCAGUCGGUGCUGGAGGCGGUGCUGGAGUUCCUCUACUCCUCUACCCGAUUUUUUAAACCCUUUUCCACCAGCUUGCCCCGCAUAUUCUGUAGUGUAUCCAGAACUCCGUCCGGAUGUGGCCACGUUUUUGAUUGUGCAUCACUGCGCAUUGAUUUUUCAUUUUUUCCUUCUCCAAAAAAGUUUGAAUGCAGAGCUGAAAGUGUAAUGCUGUCUUAUAAUUGCUGUUUGUGUAACCCUUUCGAGCAUCGGCGACCAUUUGGAAGGAUGCAAGAGCGACUGUAACAUCACAUCACAUCCAUGGUACCCUAUGUGUCUGGGCAUCAGGAUGCUGCUGCGCCGGAUCCUGGUGAUCGGGACGCUGAGGCGCACAUGGCGCACGGCCCCCCUUGUGCUCGUGGGGCUCGCCGUGUUUCUUAUUUACCACACAUCUGUGGUGAACCGGACAGGCUUCAGGCCUGGACAAGAGGACCAAAGGAACAAAUCAAGGAUAAGGGACCGUACAGUGCUUCUUAAGCAGUCAAAAGAACUUGUCUCUUUACUGGAAGUGUGGCAUGAUCACAAUGAGAUUUCCUGGUCUAAGAGGAGCUGUGCAGGGAAGGCCAUCAUCUUGACAGGACAGCAUGUUCCCUCGGACACAGAGGUGCAGCUUUAUCACAAAGUUCUCCAGGAACAGGGUUACCAUGUCAUCCACGGACGCUAUGCUGAGACUAGUGCCACUCUUACACACAGUGGUGGAGAUGGUCAGGAAUGGUCACUCUUGAUAUGUCUCAAAGGAACAGAAAAAAGCUGCCUGCGAAAAAUCUACUUUGCUGAUUCUCAGCCCCACCAGAGGGUCAACAUUAUACCAGUGUUUGUUGGAGCUUUCAUGGACAUGGGCGGAGUGUGUCGAUUUCUAAUAGAUGGCCGUUUGUCAGGCAUGCCAUUACCCAUAAUUCCAUCUGCCUGCGCCUUCUCUGGACCAGAACAUGGAGGAUCUCCUUAUCACACUGAACAAAUCUGGAACCAAGUUUCCCAGCCAGGCUCCCGAUCCAGUCAGGGUUCAUUAGCCUUAGUGAAUGUUUAUGUCUUGGUCACAUCAGCCGCGCCCCUCACUGCAUUCCUACAUCGUACAGGCUUGGUCAGGACUCAUCUGGACAAACACAGUUAUAUAACUAAGCUACAGUCGUUCUUUAAAGACAGUCUUGAUCCUUCAGGAGCUCUUCAGGCUUUUGAACUCAUGAAGCAGGUCAUCAGUGAGGUUCUAACAGCUGCUGUUUUUACCACAGAUGACCCCAGCUCUCCACCCAGGUGUUCACUGUGUUUUCAAUUGAUGACCUUUACCCUGCGUUACAAUGCGUCUGCGCGUCCUGUAGUGAUUAAGGUGCAGACUGACCUGCAUUUUGACGGUAUAAAAGACCCAGUCUUUGAUGGCCAGAUCACCAAAGAGUACAUAUUAGAAGAUAUGCUGAAGCUCCUUUUCCCAGCAUGCAGACGUGAGGACAGAUCUCCCGAAAGUACUCAGGAUACGGCACAAAUCAAGUACAUUGAGUGUGAUCAGGCGAGCAGUUUGUGCUUAACGGCAGAUAAAAUAGAGUUGCUUCAUGAGUUUUAUCAGCAGCUCAAGAGAUCUGGCAGCUUUCAUGUGCUCUACCCCAGAUCAUCGCAUUUCUUUGCUAUCCAGCAUGAUAUAUUUCAAAGUUUCUCUGCUGCAGAGGAUUCUGGGAAGGCACCAGGACUCUCAGACCUACUACAACAACUUAGCUUGUCCUACACACAGAGCAUUGACGAUCCAGACAGGCCUGAGAAGUGGGAUUCACUGCCACCAGAAUCAGGGAGGUGUGUUGAACCCCAUCUCCGUCAACUUUAUACCGAUCCUCCUCUGGUUCUAACUCCGCUCUUUAACCCCUGGCUGAAGGAGUACCGAGCUGAGGUACCGUUUGACGUGGUCACUAUCCGGAUCAGACCAGAACCUGUGAGUGCAAAGUGCCACGCUCACCUGGAUGAACAUCGCGGCCCCAGAAUGGCGAACUACCCGCUCGGCCUGGGCAACAGCCGCAUCAACAUUCUGCUGCUGGACGAGUCAGGGGAGGAGUCUGUCGUCAUGACGAUAUACACUCUGCACAUAUUCCGGGAGAGCAGGCCCAGCCUGCCGAUGUUUGACGAGUAUGUGAUGUGCGGCUUCAUACAGGACUGUGGCCUGCUGGUCAGUCCUGAUCAACCCUGUGGCUUGGAACCCGUUUCCGAGCUCAAACCGUCUCAGCCUUGCUCUUCAGGAGAUGAACCAGGGCACUGGGUGGUGCCAUGCCUAAGCUGUUCAGACAACAGGACGUGUGAUUGGCGGGAGGUUGCCUGGCAACCAGACAGCUGUUACCACCCUGUACUGGAGCAGCCACAGCUGCAACGAUGCAUGAUGGACAAGAAGGUCCUGUUCAUCGGGGAUUCUACUAACCGGGGGAUGAUGUACUACCUGAUGGAACGAGUAAACACUACACUGGAGGAUUGGGACAAGGCUCAUGACACUAUUAUCUACCACAAUCUGAACCAGGGCAGAACACUCAUCAGCUACUCCUACUACCCCCAGUUCUGGCUACAGAAGAACCAGAGACCCACCUUCCAACAAGCGCUGGAACAGCUUAUAGAUAGAUCACGACCUCUGGAAAACUCCCCUCAGACAGUGCUGGUUGCUGGAGGGGUCCAGUGGCUCAGUCUGGAGCAUCUGAGGACCAUGCAGCAGGUCCUUGAGAGAGAGAAGUUGCAGAACAUCGUGGUGGUGGUGAAGUCUUUAGGAAUGGGCUUUCACCUGCCGGUGGACGGCAUUCGCUCUCUCUCUCUAAAAGGAGUGCAGGACCUCUACAUCAGGAACAAGAACAUUCUUGAAAGUGCAAAGCGUCUCAGGUACGAAGUGAUCGACACGUUCAGCGUCACCAUGGGCCGCUAUAAGGAGUUUCUUCAGGGCCGCUGUGCCUGCCAUUUCCACGAGGUUGGCAAGCCGUCGCUUCCCACAGUUCCUGUCUACAAAAGGCUGCAGAUAGUGAGCCGUGCUAGAGAGCGUGUGAGUGUGACUAGCACGAGGCCUGAGCUGUCGUCACGACACAGUUCAUCCUACCACGUGAAGGGAGCAGUGAACCAAGUGUACUCUGAGAUCCUGCUCAGCCGAGUGUGCAUGCCUUAUCUCCACAACGGGACCAGUAGCCACUAACAGAGACUUACUGAGCUGUUAGCUGGUGUGAAUAAAGUGUGUGUGUUUUUGGGAGUGUGUUUUCUGUCCUGCCCUAAGAUGUAUAUAAUCGGAUGAAAUGAAGCCUUUAUCUUCAGUGGCUUUAGAGCACAACAGUAAAAUUGAGUGAUGUGAGGGUUUGUUUGUGUGUGUGUAUGCGUGUGUGUGCUUGAGAGAGAGCACAAGCCUACAUGCAUGAGUGUGUGUGUGUGUAUGUGUGCUUUUGGGUUUUCCAAAAUGACUUCAGCAGCUGCACCUAGUUCUAAAAUGUGACACUGGACAAAUCUGACUUUGACACCUUUCCACAAUGUCCCCAAAAUUCCCAGGAUGUUUCUGGAAAGGUUUCAUGGUUUUCCAGAAGUGCCUUUAAUGUCACACGGCAUCGGAUGGUCAUUUUUAUGGAAGCUCGGGUGAAGUUUUGCUGUUAAUCCCCAGCCUCAAACCUUCCAAUCCCUCACAAGUGCUGAGCUCUCUUUAUGCCAAAGGUCUUAUGAAGAUUACAUAUACCUCACAUUUCUAUAGCCCAUAUAUUUUUCUACAGAUGUUUUUUAUUUCCAUGCCUUUAAUGGCCAAUGUAAUAUAAUCAGUGUAAAAUUUUUGCAAAUGCUGUUUUAAUAUAUGUAUAUAUAUAUAUAGGAAAAAGCUGUAUUGUUUCAGGUUACUGAUGAAUAUUUUUACUUUGCCCUGGAAUGCUGGCAUGCCUACCUUAAUUUCCUCACAUUUAAAUUUACACAUUGAGGAACAUUAACUUUACUGGUCUCUAGAGCGAUCUCAAUCAGAUUAUAGUGAUUUAUAAUGCCGUAAAUUAUUACUAUCAAGUAAUACCCAUCUAGUUGCUAUUCUAGGCCAUGAAAGUUAUUUCUAAACGCAGUAAAAAACAUUAAAAGCCUGAUGCUUUGAUGUGUCUGAUGUUUAGUCAAUGCCACACAGCCAGUGCUCUUUUGGUGCACUUAUAUCACACUGUAUAAUGCUAUAGGCUUCAGGUUGUGACUAUUUAUGUUUCAAAAAACUCCAUAUAUGUGCACAAUUCAAAUAUAAUUAAGAUUCUAUUCAAAUUCAAAUAAUUAGAAGCAAGAACACAAUUUUAUACAUUCAAUUUAAGUUAUUUAUGUUUAUUUUUUUUUAUCAGGAUUAUGAAAAUGUUUGUUGCAGUAUUUGGACUCCACACAGUGUUUCUGUUCCCUGUUCCCCUUUGUUAUAUCCCUUUUUUAAAUUAUUAACUUUUUUUUUUGCUCUUUUGUUUGUUUUGCUUUACAGUCGAAAGGUUAUGUGGUUUGUAAAU